AUGCAGUAUAUUAAGUCACAACAAGGAAAACUUUUAAUACAGUUAAAUAGUUACUUAUAUCGGAAAGAAAAAAUACAUAAAGAUGUCGAAUAUUGGCGAUGUAUAGACAAACUUUGUACAGGGCGUUUGAAUUUAAAAUACGAAGAAAUUAUUAAAGGCCCUUCCGAUCAUAAUCAUGUUGCCGAUAUAAUUAAAAAUCAAGCAAAAGUAGUAGUCGAAAAUAUUAAAAACCGUGCCGUUGAAACUCAAGAUAAUCCUGCAGUUAUAAUAAGUGAGUCGUCAUCUUCUGUAGUUCCAAUUGUUUUUUGUGCACUUCCACAGAUCGCAUACUUGAAACGUACAAUUCAAAGAACGAGACAAAGAAAUUGCUUAGCUCCACCUAAUCCUCAAAUUCUUGAUGAUUUACACCAAUUGCCUAUUGAAUAUAAAUUGACUACUCAUGGUAAACAAUUUGUUUUAUAUGACAGUGUCGAUGACUAUGGUUUGUCCAACCAACGAAUUAUAAUUUUUUGUACAUCUGAUAGUUUGGAUCUGAUGUCGAAAUCCGAUCACUGGUUUUCUGAUGGUACUUUCAAAUCAGCUCCACCUAUUUUUAAUCAAAUCUAUACAAUACACGUAUUAAAACAUGAUAGAUGUAUACCAACCUUAUAUGCACUAUUACCCGAUAAAAAAUCAUCUACUUAUGUGCGUUUACUAAAAAAAUUAAAAGAAAUAAAAAAUAGUUUAAACCCAAAAUCUAUUUUAACUGAUUUUGAAAACGCCUCUAUUAAUGCUUUUAAAGAAGUAUUUCCACAAAUCGAAAACCGUGGUUGCUUUUUUCAUCUCAGUCAGUGUAUUUGGCGAAAACUGCAGACUAUAACUUCAAUGCAGGAAAAAUACAUCAAUGACCCAAAUUUUUCUAUUCAGAUUCGCUUACUACCAGCACUUGCGUUUGUUCCAAUAAAUGACGUAGAAAAAGCAUUUGAGGAACUUUUAGAUACUGAAUACUACAAGGAACAUGAGGAUUUUCUUCAACCAAUAGUGGACUAUUUUGAAGAUACAUGGAUAGGCAGACCAACUCGAAGACAGGGAAGAAGAAAUUCAAUAUUUUCAAUUCAGAUGUGGAAUUGUUAUGAAGCGACAAAACAUGGGUUACCAAAAACAAAUAACUCUAUUGAAGGCUGGAAUAGAGGCUUCAAUUGUCUAUUAGGGUCGUGUAAUCCAACAAUUUGGAAGUUCAUAAAAGCCCUUCAAAAUCAACAGACUUUAGUAGAUAUGCAGUUACAUCAAAUUAAUAGUGGCAUACGUUCGUCCAAUAAAAAAAAAAAAUAUAAUGAUUCUGCCGAAAAAUUAAAAAAUAUUGUUGACGAUUAUUAUAAUAUUCCGACAAUUCAAUAUUUAAAAGGUAUCGCGUAUAAUUUUUCAUUGCAAGUAUAA